UGGGCACAGUUCCACACCUUGCAGGGCAAGCAUCAUUGCAAAAAUAUUUGCUGAAAAAAGUGCAGCUCCACCCCGAGGAAAACCGGGUCCGGGAGCAGAGCACGAUCCAGGCUGGCAGCCGGGAGGGCAGGGGAAUGAAGGAGAGUGGCUCCAGGGAGCCGAGCGCCKUCUGACACCUCCAGCCAGCAGCACCGGGGGCAGCGGGCACUCCCGGGGGGCCGGGCAGGGCAGGCGGCUCUAGGSAGACGGGCUGCAGGGGAAUCCAGCACAGCAGCUCAGGGUUGGCAGCCAUGGGCUGCUGGAGGGUCCCCAGCCCCGUGCUGGCCCUGCUGCURCUCCUGCGCCCCCCAGCCUGGCCAGCCUGCCCCGCUGCCUGCCGCUGCUCCCCGGGACRGGUGGACUGCGGCGAGCGUGGCCUCCGCCAGGUGCCCUGGAGCCUCUGGGCCAACACCAGCACCCUGCUGCUYGGCUACAACUUCAUCACCGUGCUGGGGCCACGCUCCUUCCCUCCGCUGCCAGRGCUGCGGCUGCUCAGCCUGGCCCACAACCGCCUGGAGCUGAUCCAUGGCCAGGCGCUGCUGGGGCUCGGGGCGCUGCGGGAGCUGGACCUCAGCCACAACCACCUCACCGUGCUGACCCCCGAGACCUUCCUGCCCCUCACCAGCCUGACCAUGCUCAACCUGGGCAGCAACAGGCUGGGGGAACUGCAGCCUGAGGUGCUGGGUGCCUUGCCCCAGCUCCAGGUGCUUCUCCUGCAGGACAACCCCUGGGUGUGCAGCUGCGGCAUCCUGCCCCUCUGGCGCUGGCUCAGCCACAACAGGGAAAAAGUGCGAGAGAAAAGUUUGCUCCUCUGCAGAGUUCCRGAGCAGCUGAACAAGUACCCGAUCAUGGCCUUUGGGGAUGARUCCUUCAGGCAGUGCCACGAGACCUCGCUGUCCUCCCAGCACUACAUCGCCUUCUUCAUCAUCGGACCCUUCUCCUUCAUCGCCAGCAUCUUCUUCUGCACUUUCAUGGGCUCCCUCAUGGUGCUGUACCACAGCCUGCGCCGCGAGUCGCUCUGCUGGAGGAGACCCCGCAUCUGCAGGGUGCACUGAGCCAGCCCAGCCCAGCCCAGCCCUGGGCAAGCUGUGCUCCAGCGGCUGGCAGCCACCUGGUGCAAACACGGCCCUGUGGACCAGUGAGAGCAAYUUCUGCUCUUGGAAUCGCUUUGCAUUUUCUCAGAGUCCCCCUGGAAGCUGCCCCUGCCAGGGUGAGCAGCCUCCAGCUCUGAGGUCAGCUCCAGCUGACCACAACUGCUCUCAGAGCUCUGGGAAGCUCCCCCAGAUCACCCUCAGAUCUGCAGAUCCCCUUCCUCUGGGGCAUCCUGGUGAUCCUUCUCCCCUUGUCGUGCCCCUGUGCUGCCCUCAGAGUGCWUUCAGGAUGCCCCACACACCUCGCUGUGCCUUCAGGAGCAGCCUGGGAGCCCCUGUSUGCAUCCAGGACACACCAGGCUCCUCUCAGUGCCUUUCAGGGCACCCCAGGAGUCACCAUCUGCUUUUGGUGCAGCCCAGGAGCCUCUGUGUGCCUCUCAGUUUGCUCCUACUACCUCCUAGGGCUUUUUGGUACCUACAGCACCUUCUGACUGCCCUCAGUGACCCCAGCAGCCUCAGCACCUUUUUUCUGUACCCUCAGAACUCCCUGGCUUGGCUUUUCUUGCACCCAAAUGCCAUGUUGGUCUUCUGUGCUCUGCCAGGCACUAGUUUGCUUUUUUGUGUGCCCCAGAGCUCUGAGUGUGCCUUUUGGAGCACCGGAAGGUCACUGGGUGGUUUGGAGGACUCCAAAGCCUUUGUGGGGCUUUCAGUACACCCCAGGCCUUGCUGCCCAAGGGCAGGGCUGAUUACACAAUGCUCCAUUUUGAUAGUUUCCUUCCAUUGAGUCAGAAAUGCUGGUGCUGAGAAGGCUCACCCAACAACCCAGCUCUAGGGUGAGGCUGAAGGUGAGGGUGAGGGCCAGGAGAAGCCAUGAGUUGACACUGAUGUGGUUCUGUGGAGGAGCUGCCAAAGGAGGGUGAGGCUGCAGUGGUUUCUCCCUCAACAGCUUUUCCCCAGGCUAUAACUCAUGCCCAGCUGAGGUUUAGGGUUAGCUCAGUGAUGGCAGUGGGGACACUUGACAGCCCAGAGCUGAGCCCUGGCUGCUGYCUCACCUCCCAUCGCCCACGAAAUGGCGUGGGGGCUGCCCCUGAACCUCCUGCCCUGCUGCCUCCUGCCCUUCCCUGAGGAAUUGCUGCUGGAAAUGCUUAGUCAGUGGGCUGGGAGAUGGCCUGGAAGGAUCUGGAUCUGUGCUCCAGGGGAAAGCACAAGCUGAGGUGACAAAAACAUCUUUCAAGGGGAAACAGUAGCCCUUUUUGGCCUGAUCUCUUAGCCACUGCAUGAUGAGAGCCACAAUGAGAUGCUGUGACYACCAGCCUUGUUCACUCUGUCCCCUGCCCACACAAGAGCUGGGACCUGCCAGGGAUGUGGCAGCAGUUGGUGCAUCCUUUGGCACACUCUUGGCAUGGGGUCAGCAAUCCACACAUAAAUAAACCAAAUGUCACCUCUGCUGUGGCUUGCUCCCAUUUUUAUUUUCRAGAGAGUAACCAAGCCAAUGUGCUACCACAUGGUGAGACUUCUCCUUGCUGCUCUGUUGUGGGGCUGGGGGGCUGCAGGGAGCUGCUGGAAGCAGUGUCUGCUCCAGUGCUCMCAGCCCUGCACCUGGAAGGGCUGCAGGGCUCCCACCAGGAUUGUUAUCUUGCCUUUACCAGAAGCCAUCCCAGUUCUCCCAGACCCUCUCUAGACAGCAUGCAGUUAUUCCCAAGAAGCCCUGGGCYUCUCAUUUGGAGCUAGAACAUCCUGCAUGGCCACCUGAACCCCGCGCCUUCUCUCAGGCCAUCCCAAGGCUGAGCCCCCGUGGAGGCUGGGCUGGUGGCCUCAGCACAUGGGGAGCAGGCUGUGAACACGUGAUGUUCCUUCAGUUCAGCCUUGGGGCACCUUCCUGCUUUGGAGAUCACUUGAUGGACCUCCCUGUGGGUGGGCUGACAUAUGGGGGCCUCCCCAGUGCCUUCAUCCCUGCAGUCUCUGUUCCCAAAGGCUGGCCCCACUGGCCAGGCCCCAGGCUGGCUCCCAGGAGAUGGGGGCCCAGCAUGGCAGGGGACUGUGUUGCCCAAGAUGGAGGUGGGGCAGGACCAGGGGUGUGGCACUGGUGUUUGGGUGGUCCCAGGCUGCCCCAUCCCCUCGCUG